UAGGUUGCACACUGUUUUCAGUAUGUUCAAGAAGAUUUCAUUCUCUAAUUGAUUAUUGCGCUGAAUUGCUAAAGAGUGUUGGAGUUCUGAGGCCAUUGAUGUUUGCUUUUUCAAACCUGGAUUCAUUGAAAUCGUGGAUUCGAGGUUCUAGACGUCGAAAAUCGAAAUAAGACUUAAGUUUCAUGUUGAAGAAACUUUUUAGUUUCCGAAAUGGAUUCAUGGCUUGUUGCAGCAGCAGCAACCGCUGGGUGUUUUGCUGAAUAUUGGCGAAAUCACCGUAGGUAUAGGACUAGUUAUCCUGAAUUUAGAACCCGAAAGGCUGAAACCGGGAGCGGUCCCUUCUGUGGAUCAGCUCCGAGAAGCAAACUCCGGGUUGAUGUUUAUUCAAACGGGAGAGAGGUUUCAGCUGCCGAAGUGGAUUCUGCUAGAGGAUUCGAUAGCGAUUUGGUGGGAAGCUUGGGACAUUGCGUAGAUUGUGAUUCAAUUUCUCAAUCCAGUUUAGCAUCCAGAUUCUCGAAUGAUCCAAACCUAAGAGAAGAUCAAUGUAGAAAGGGAACUAGAAUGGACAUUUUUAGUGAUCCUCCUAGGAAAAGCAGCUUACUUGAAACUAGAUAUUCAUAUGGACAUUUACUUAAACCUUUAAGUUCCUUAGAUAGUUCCAUGAUGGCUGAACUAUAUAUGCAACAUGUUGAAAUGGAAGAGUACGUAUGUACUUCUAUUCCAUCGCCAUCAACUGCUAUAUCGAGACCAUUGAUCGUAACCUAUGGAAACCGAAUAAUCAGCGGAGAAAGUGGCGGUUUAUUGAGUGGGUCGAAUGGAACUAUGAAUAGUAAGAUGCACAAUCAAGCCACUUCCGAAAAGAGUGGAUAUGUGUAUGGAAUCCCUCCGUUGCCAAAAAUCAAGUCGUUGGAUCCCCCCAAGAGGUUGAAAUUUAAGAGAGGAAACUGGUGCAAUGGAGAACAAAGUGUUCCAUGCGAAAUGGAUGACGAAAAUCAGUCCGAUUCACAACAGGGAGCUGACGAUGGAGUAGUUCUGUUAUGUCUUGGGAUUUCUAUUGGUAUAAUGUCUUCUUACAUUGUGAAUCAAAGGGAAGUGUCGAAAUUGAGAGGGUUAUUAAAGCAUACUGAGAAUGUAGUUCAAGAUCUUCGAGAUGAGUUUGAUAUGAAAAAUUCAUUGACAGUGCAUGAGAUAGCUGAUGAGAAGAAUGAAUCACAGGAGACAUAUUACAAUUUGAUUCAUGACAGAGCAACGAGUUCGUCUUCCAUUGAACAGAAUUUGGAUAAUUUGAAACGAUGUUAUGGUAGAGCAUGAUAUUAUGAUAGGGUAGAGGGAAGUAAUUCGGAGUCAAUGAGUUGAAUUGAAGCUGAGCUUGAAGCUGAACUCGAGAGGAUGGGUCUAGACAUGAA